UCACUGUAAAUAUUCAAAUGGUGAAAAUGAUGAAUUUUCUUUCUUAAUUUUUGGGUUAUUUUUCGCUUAAUUAUUGGUUGUUUUUGGUGCAUACUAUUUAAAUAAGCGUGAACUUUAAAAUGAACCACAAGAUUACAUUAUAACUUCUUUCGUGAUGUUAUUUCGAAGUCUUCUAGUGGCGUGUUUUGGUUUUGAUGGCCGCUACCAAAAUGGUUUCGCGGCGAUCCAGUCAACUCGGAUAUGCGUUGCUUUGGCAUAUCUGCAAUGCAGGCGUGCCUCGUUUCAACCAGCUAAAAGUGUGUGCGGCCCGAAUAUUUCUAGGCGAAAUUCUUCGUCGGACGGGGAGGUUCGUUUUCUCAAAAGUGAAUUUUGUCCGACCGUCACCCCUCCCCGCCUUUUUUAAAUCCCGUGAAUUGUUUAUUGAUAUUCCAAUAUAUCGAGCUUUGAGCGGAACGUGCAAUAAUUAUGUCCAAAUAAACGAGUAUGCAUACGGAUCUCGCGGUGUAUUAUUUCAUAAAUGUAAGGUGACCUUGGUGAACUUAGUGAUACAAUGUUUUUGAAAAUGUGCUGCUUCAAAUAGCCGGUGGUAAACGUAAGAGGGGUCAUGCACCUUUGAGCCUUAUUUUCGCAUAAUACAACUGGCGAGUAAUUCCAAGCCCUAUGGCAGAUAAUACAACUUCAGAAGAUAGCUCUUCCUCUGAUUACUCAACAGAUUCUUCAGAUGAGGAUGGCAUGGAAACUGCUCAGGUUGGAGGCGUAAAAUUACAGCUACCUCAGGGCUUGUGCGAAAAGAAAGAUGUAUUUGAUGAAGUUUUUACCGUUGAACUGUGGAAUUCAUUUUCUGACGAAGACAAGCAGCAUCUCCAGACAUUUCUGCCUAAUUUUCCAGAGAAUGAUGAAUUGGAGAAGACGAAAACAUUACAGAGGCUGUUUGAUUUUGACAACUUUCGAUUUGGAAAUCCAUUAAAUAAGUUCCAUGAAAACUUGAAAGCUGGGUAUUAUCGGCCUGACAUAGCGCGUAUGCGCAAAGUUAUUUGCAAAGCGGAAAAACGAGAAGCAAAAUAUAGGUACAGUAGUUUUAGAGAACAACUCAAAAAUGAAGUUAUUGAAUCUCAGGAGAAGCUGUUGAACCAAAUAAGGAAUUUACCCCCAGGAGUGGAACCUAAGCAGGAAAAACGUAAAGUCAGUGUAAAUUAUGUUUCUCAUAGGACUAAAAGACGGUACUUUCAAAGUCUUGCAUCCAUAAGAUCAAAAACAGAUGAUACUGAUUGCUCUUCAGAUGAAAAUUACCCUGAAGGGCCACCGCCCGGCUUGUCCAGGAAGCAGAAGCGUCACUUGAAUGGUAUUAGGAAUUCAUUUACUGGUUCUAAAGAAAAAAUGUUUGCUUCUACCAUGGUAGCCAAACUGAAUGGAUUUUGUGUUGAUUUGGAAAAAUACAUUACCCCACAUCACAAUCCUUUCUAUAUCAAUGAUGAAUUGUAUAAGAAUCUUUUAUAUCAACAUAAGAAAAGAAAGUUGGAGUAUUUGGAUGAUCCCGAAUUCAAUACUAAAGGAAUUACAAUCUCGGAUAUUAUAAAUCGUACCCAGCUUCCUUAUAUAAAGAACCUACCGCAUAAACCAAUUCAUUCGGAUGUCAAGCCCGUGUCCAAAAAACGUGUGAAACGGGAAUCCUUGCCUUAUAGGAAAUCUCCGGAAAAUGUUGCUACCGUAAAAUCGGCGAACACCACGUACAAUCACAGUUCGAAUUCAGAUUCAGACUCUGAUUCAACCAUUGACGCCAUUACAGUUCCUAGCAAUCAAAGCAAAAAGCUAAAACCAAACAAAAACGCGGUCGGAACUAGAACCUCGGUGACGAAACUCAAAAUCGAAGAAAUUAAAACCGAGCCUCUAGAUUAUAUUCAGAAAGUCACACCGCCUCCAACUAUACAAUACAACUCAAUGCCCAGCGGUACAUUAGCGGCAACACCAUCUAACUCUAUAAAAACUAUCGGCCCAAUCACUCCUCCAUACGGUAAAAUUACACCAAUAAAAAUGGAGGAACUAGAGACUAUAGAUAUAAUGAAUACGCCGAUUGAAUUGGAUUCAUCGGAAAUUGACAUUAUGGAGUUUAGCGUUAAACCGGAAUUGAUGCAGGAAACUCACGCAAAUUUCUUUUCCUUAAUAAGGGAUGUUAUAUGUUCGACAAACGAACAUAGGAUGAACAUGUAUACCUUGCAGGAACGAUUGAAGUCGUGGCAGGAGAAUCCCAUAAGUCCCCUGAACGAUUGGUACAGUUUCACUGACAACUGGAUCAGCAUACUACCCUCAGCAAUAACUUUCCUUUGCGGGAAUGCGUCUGAACAACCAGACGAUUUUGUUCCAUAUAUGGAAUAUAAAAUUUCUUUGGACGUAUAUCAGUGGAUAGGGGCGGGAAGAGAUUCCGAUCAACUCUUGUCCUCUCUCUGCAAUUUUUGGCUGGAACAUCGAUCCGAAAGCAAAUUGCUGUCCCCCACAGAUAUGGACAUCGAUGUAGUUGAUCGGGAUAGCACACCACCUCCGCCUCGUUGUCCGACUAAUUGGACAGUCCGGAAAGCCACUACUGACGAAAUUAACGAAUACAGGGAGCAAGAGCGGCGCAGAUAUGAUAAUCCGCAUAAGGCGUUUACAUAUCGUUGCAACGGUUAUGAAUCGGUGGUGGGUCCGAUCAAGGGAAUUUACAGCCCCGCAGUUGGCAACGCCAAAGCCAGGGGUCACACGAUGCUUAAUGCCAACAGACCGAAUUUUGUCACCAUUCUGUCGUUAGUUCGUGACGCCACCGCACGGUUACCGAACGGCGAAGGAACCAGGGCUGAUAUUUGCGAAUUGUUGAAAUCGUCUCAAUAUAUUUCCAGUUCUGCUCCCGAUAACGUGCUGCAAUCGGUAGUGUCGGGCGCCCUGGAUAGAAUGCACACCCAGUGGGAUCCGUGCGUGAGGUACGACCAAAAAAGAAAGAUAUGGAUAUACCUCCACCGUCACAGAACCGAGGACGAUUUCGAACGGAUCCACCAGCAGUACCAGGGUAUCCAGAAGACGAAAAAACCGACCCGGAAAUCUCCGGCCAAACCGAAAUCGGCCAAGUCCGACAAACAGGUCAAACACAAACCGAGUCCGCAGAAUGUCGAUGCUAAUGGUCCGACUCCGGCCGUGACGCUGACUGAACCGUCGCAAAAGCCAAAAGCGGUUCGGCGGCAGAGCGUGCUGCAGAAUCAGGCCAGAGAAGAGAAAACUGUUACUGUCGCUGUACCUAAUUUGGUGGCCACCGCUCAAAAAUCCACGAGUUUGUUGUUGAGCAAUAAUCCGCCAAGUGUUCAGCAAGAGGUCCAGGGCGAACCAUCUCCUAAUUCCACUGCCACAAAAUCCCUAAUAAAACAACCGAUUAAAGCCGAGAUGGUCGAUACCGACCUUACCGAGACUCUCCAGAUCCGAGUGGCGAGUCCCAAUAUAUUAAAGUCGAUGACAAAGGGGCAGAUGAUGAAGAUAGUGUCUCCGUCACAGGGAAAGUCUCUGAUAAUUCCCACCUCCAACCCUCAGAUAAUUAAACAAAUUAAGGAGAGACCCGUUAAACAAGCGGGCCAGCUUAGUAAUCAGCAGUUCCUGCAGAGCGUCGCUUUGCAUCAAAAGCAACAGCAGAAAAGUGCGUUGAACAAGUCGACCUGCGAAUUGUCGCUUUCUGAACCGAUUAAAACGGUAGAAAAAACGAAAGUUCCGGUUAGCGUUCAGCAACAGAUCAUUCAAAGGCUCACGCCUCAGCAGUUGCAGAAUAUGAAAAAUGUAACUCUGCUCAGAGCGAACAGUUCGGGACCGAGCGUGAGUUUGACUCCUAUUUCCUCUCCGCUGGCGACGGAGUCUCAGCAAAAUCUGCAAAAUAUCGUCACGGUCGCCGUGUCCAAGCAAACUGCUCAGAACGAGCUCGGCGCUUCGGGGGUGCAAAUUAAAACGCCGGGCAAUUUGACACCGUCGCAAACGCAGCAGAUUCUACAGACGAUCAAACAAAAAUAUCUUCCGAACGCGAAUAUUUUGACGCAGCAACAACAGGUCGUGUUGAAGCAGAAGGGCGCCGGUCUCGUUCAGUUGCAAAAGACCGGCCUGAAGACUAGUCCAGAGUCGACGACAAAGGUUGUGUCUGGUAGUCAGGGUCCCGUUGUGGCGAAGGUGUUGACGAACGCCGCUGGUCAGGUUAUUUCGGUGGAGAGUCUGCUGGCUCAUCAGAAGGCUCACGGCUCUUUGCCGCAAGGUACCACGUUAAGGGUACAGGGCACCAAAUCGGGACAUCAAAAUAUAAUCCACCUUACGAGCACCACGAAGCCGAGCACGAUCGCCCAAUUCACGGUCGGCAACCAAAAUAAUUUGGUAGCGCUGACCACGCAACCGAAAUUGGUGGCGGCCUCGUACGCGACCACCGCGACGGUCACUUCGACGGUGACGACGACGACGACGACGACUACCACGAAAGCUCACUCCAGGUCGUCGUUAUCGUCGAGGACGCAGCAAAUUUCCAAGUUGCCCGGAAAAGUGGCGCAGCAGCUGAUAAACGCAAAAAUCAUCACGUCCGACGGGCAGAAGAUCGUGCAACCGAAAGUGAUCGUCGGUCAGCAACCGAAGUCGUCUCACGCCAAAACGAAAGGUUUGGCGACGAACGCAGGCGCGAUACGAAUGGUGAAUGCCGCGAAUUUGAAUCUGACGACGAUCGGCGGCAAACCGGUGCUGCUCGCUAGCAAAUCGGGCACGAUUCAAAACCUCCACGGUCAGAACGUGAUAUUACAGGCGCAACCGGUGUCUAGCGGCGGCCAGUUGGUGUUACAAAGUCCGGUGGUGACGACGAAGAGUUCGAUGGCGUCGAGCGUAGCGAACCUGAACGUAUUGAACCAGAGCGGAAAUAUCGUGUUCGGGCAGCAAGUGAAGAGCGGUCAGCUUCCUCAGCAGGUUGUAUUCGCUAACGCGAAAACGAACACGUCACCCGGUGGCGGCGCUUCGUCGUCGCAGUCGCCGAAUAUUAGCCAGAGUCACAUAGUGUUGGGCGGGCAACAGAUUCGUCUACAAACGAGCAACGCGACGAGCGGUCAACGAGUGGUGUUGGCGAGUCAGGGGCAGGGCGGCCAGAUCGUGGCGCAGCAGAUCCUGCUGCCCGCCGGAUUUCAGGGCACCGCGAUCAAUAUCAAGGCGCUGCAAGGGGUGAAGGUGAUACCGAUCGCACAGGCUCAAGGAAAAGGUAGUCAAAAUCGGCAGAUGUUCGCUAGGGUGAUGAGUCCCAAUUUGGUAAAACAAACGAAUCAAACGAGUACGAACAAGGUUCAAGAAACAGUGACGAUUCAUUCUCCGGGAAGCGAAUAAUGCUUAGACGUAAUCGCUAUUUCUUAAAUAAUUUUUGAAUUACAACGCAGGUACCGUCAAAUACAUACAGUUUUGAAUAAUGUAGAAUUUACAUUUACGAAAAAUAUAUUGACGUUUGACAUACAUAUUUUAAUGUUCCUAACACAUUUGAAGAUCUUUUGACAAACGGGCGUUAUCUACUCGAUUGUACCGGUGAUUUUCUAUUCUUAUAGAAUCCAUAUGGUUGCUCAUUAAUCUUGAACUAUUAAUAAUAAGAUUUAGCUACUAUUAUGUCUACCUGUACCUGUUAAACCUACAUCUUAUUUUAUUUAUUUAACAUAUUAUAAAAAUGUACAAAUAUAUUAUUUUUAAGGUACUGAAUUCCCUUGCAUAAGUCCAAAGUAUGCCACGCCUACCUGUGGAGUACCUUUAUUUGAUAGGCGCAAAUUGCUUUAUCCGCAAGUUAUUUGGCGGUACCUGUAUAUUGUAAACUUAGACUAACCAAUACAAUUAAUUUCUAAAGUCGUUUGGGGUAUAGAAAGAUUGUGUUUGGGUAACGCGUCCAUAGACGAAGUGGGCCCGCCUUGUACGUAUAUUUACUGACUUGUAUAUAUUUAGAAUUCGUUUCGGUUAGUGAUGUAAAUACAGCGAUUAACAAUUUUAACCAUUUUUUAGCAGUAUUCAUGUGUUU